AUGAAGAAGGGUGUCCCAUUUGUAUGGGAUGAGGCCUGCAAGAAUGCUUUCCAAAGUAUCAAGUCCUAUUUAAUGAAGCCGCAUGUGCUAACUGCUCCAAUUCCAGGACGCUCGCUGAUCCUUUACAUCUCCGCCCAAGAAAGCUCGGUGGGUGCUUUACUUGCACAAGAGAAUGAUAACGGGAAAGAAAAUGCCCUUUAUUAUUUAAGUAGAAUGAUGACGCCAAAUGAGCUCAAAUAUCUGCCAAUUGAGAAGUUGUGUCUGGCCCUUGUAUUCGCCAUCAGAAAGCUCAAGCAUUAUUUCGAAGCGCAUACAAUUCGACUAGUUUCCAGGGCAAACCCAGUGAAGUAUGUCAUGUCAAAGGUUGUUCUUUCCGAUCGACUUGCUAGGUGGUACUUAUUAUUUCAACAGUUUGAGAUCACUUAUGUACCACAGAAGUCCAUCAAGGGGCAAGCCUUAGCAGAUUUCCUAGCUGACCAUCCAAUUCCUGCCGAAUGGGAGCUGUCCAGUGACCUACCUGAUGAGGACGUGCUUGUGGUCGAAGUUUUACCUCCAUGGAAGAUGUACUUUGAUGGAGCGGCACACAAAGAGGGGGCAGGCGCUGGAGUUGUCUUUGUUACGCCUGAAGGGGAAGUGCUUCCUUAUUCAUUUACCUUGACAGAGCGCUGCUCGAAUAAUGUUGCCGAGUAUCAGGCACUCAUUUUGGGACUUGAAAUUGCAGCUGAUAUGAAGCAACUAAGGGUUAACAUAUACGGAGACUCCAAACUGAUUAUCAACCAAGUACUUGGGGUUUACGAAGUAAAAAAACCAGAGUUGAUCCCAUACAACAGUUAUGCAAAGAUGCUCCUGCAUUGGCUAGGAGAUGCUACGAUGGAGCACAUUCCAAGGAAACAUAAUAAGCAAGCCGAUGCCUUAGCUGCUUUGGCUUCAACUCUAUCACAUCCUAUAGAUGAGGCUCGGCUACGAGUAUGCCAAAGAUGGGUAGUCCCUCCAAUCUUCGUGGACGAUGGCUCUCUUGACGACAUUGUUGAACUCCCGACUGUUUCUGUCUAUGAGGUAGAUAAAGAGGAUUGGAGGCAAUCAUUGAUUGACUACCUUGUUGAUGGGAAGUUACCUCAAGACCCUCGUAAGAGGGUAGAUGUAAGACGUCGAGCUCCUCGCUUCAUAUAUUUCAAGGAUGCGCUAUACCGGCGCUCGUUUGAUGGUGUGUUUCUUCGAUGUUUAGGCGAAGAGGAAGCUUUACAAGCGAUGGAGGAGGCUCACUCUAGAGUGUGCGGUGCUCAUCAGUCUGGUCCUAAGUUACAUUUUCACAUCAAAAGAACACUACAAGAAAAAUCACGAAUCACGACGGAAACAUCGCGACAAAAUGCAAUCCGUUGUUGA